AUGUUUUCAUCAUCAUUAUGCUCAUUUGGAAGAAAAUGGACACCAGGUGCCAUUAGAAACAUUAGAAAAAUUAGAGAACAACAAAAACAAGCAGAAAUUAGAAGAAAAGAGGCAAGACCAAUUAGACCAGUUUCAAUUUAUUUUAAGGAAAUUUUACAAGAAGUUAAAGAAGAAGAACCAACUGCCACCCAAUCAAACUAA